AUGCCUGUGAGACCAGAUCUCCAACAGCUGGAGAAGUGUAUUGAUGAUGCCUUGAGAAAAAAUGACUUUAAACCUUUGAUGUUACUUGUACAAAUUGAUAUUUAUGAAGAUGUGAAGAUUAAAUGUAGCAAACAAUUCCUCCGCAAGUUGGAUGACUUAAUAUGCAGGGAACUUAACAAAAAGAAUAUUCCAACUGUUUCAAACAUCUUGGUAUCUGUUGGGAGAUGCAGCAAGAAUAUCUUUAUAUUGGGACAAGCUGGACUUCUAACCAUGAUAAAGCAAGGAUUAGUACAAAAGAUGGUUUCCUGGUUUGAAAAGUCCAAGGAAGUUAUUCUGAGCCAAGGACAAUCAAAAGAUGAAGCUGUUACGAAUAUGAUAGAAGACUUAUUUGAUCUUUUGAUGGUUGUAUAUGACAUCAACGAUGAAGGUAAAAACCAAGUAUUGGAAAGUUUCAUAGCUCGCAUCUGUGCCCUUGUUAUUGAUUCAAGAAUGAAUGUUUGCAUUCAGCAGGAGGCUUUAAAAAAAAUGAAUUUGAUGCUUGACAGAAUACCUCAAGAUGCCAACAAAAUACUUUCUAAUCAAGAAAUACUAACUCUCAUGAGUAAUAUGGGAGAGAGGAUUUUAUAUGUAGGAGAUUAUGAAUUACAGGUAGGCAUUGUGGAAGCCUUGUGUAGAAUGACUACAGAAAAAAGGAGACGAGAACUGGCGUGUCAGUGGUUUUCAAUGGACUUUAUUGCUAAUGCAUUUAAAGGAAUUAGAGACUGUGAAUUCGAAACAGAUUGCAGGAUAUUUCUCAACUUGGUAAAUGGCAUGCUUGGUGAUAAAAGAAGGGUCUUUACAUUUCCUUGCUUGUCAGCAUUUCUUGAUAAAUAUGAGCUGCAGAUCCCAUCAGAUGAAAAACUUGAGGAAUUUUGGAUUGAUUUUAAUCUUGGAAGCCAGACUUUGUCAUUCUACACUGCUGGAGAUGAUGAUGAUCAUCAAUGGGAAGCAGUCACUGUGCCCGAAGAAAAAGUUCAGAUGUACAACAUUGAAGUAAGAGAAUCAAAGAAGCUUCUGGCUAUAACUCUGAAAAAUAUAGUAAGAAUUAGUAGAAAAGAAGGGAAGGAGUUACUUUUGUAUUUUGAUGCAUCAUUGGAAAUCACCAAUGUGACUAAAAAGAUUUUUGGUGGAAAUAAGUACAAGGAAUUUACCAGAAAACAAGGUGUUUCAGUUGCCAAAACAUCUAUUCAUAUACUUUUUGAUGCAAUUGGAUCACAGAUUCUAGUGCCAGAAAGUCAACCAUCUCCAGUCAAAGAAGACCUUGUUCAUCUAAAAGAGAAACCUAACCUUCAGAAGAGACUUGAAAAUCCUCCAACAGAGGACAGCAGCAGCAAGCAGGAAGACAGAACAAGCAGCCAGGAUGAGAUAACUACACCUUGCAGAAAGAAAAUGUCUGAAGCAUCAAUGAUAGUUCCCGAUGCAGAUAGAUACACAGUGAGAAGUCCAAUACUCUUAAUCAACACAUCAACGCCCCAAAGAAGAAGUAGGGCACCACUGCAAGCAAUAACUUCUGCUGAAAAAGCUGAUGUUUCUAAAACAUCAGAAAGAGAAGUGGAUUGUGCUGUGUCACUCAAAUCUAGACAAUCUGAUGGAAGAAACAGAUGGAAUAUUAGAGACAAACAUGACAAAACUACUAAAGCUGUAGAAAACAAAGAAAAUGAAGACAAUGAAUCCCUAGACCAAAAUUUCAAUGAAAUUGAGGACAAUUUUUCUGAUGUAUAUGCAGUGAAGAAAGUAGAUGAGUCUGCAUUACCUAGUGUUAUGGAUAUCUCUAAAAAUACAGCACACUCCAAAUGGGCAUGUUGGACACCUGUAACAACCAUCAAACUCUGCAAUAACCAGAGAGCCCGUACUUUACCAGGACAUACUUUUACCCAAGACACUGAUGUCAACAAAAAAUGCACUAAACAAAAAUCACUUGAUGAUGAUUCUGAAGAAACACAUAGGGUAAAAUACAAGAAAGAUGUAUUCAAGUAUAACAAUUCAGAUGAAGCAGAAGUUUGUGAAAGAAACAAUCAAGAACAAAAUCAUUCUAAACAUUCACAAAAUAAAAAUACUGAAAACACUAAGCAGAGUGAUUGGCAUAUUGAAUCUGAAACUACUUAUAAAUCAGUACUCCUAAAUAAGAAAACUGAAGAAUCACUCAUCUAUAAGAAGACAUGUGUAUUGUCAAAAGAUGUGGAUGCUACUCUUUGUGAUAAAAGCCCUUCUAGAAAAAGCAUGAGGAGAAGUACAAAAUCAAGGAAAGAACUGACUUCUGAACUUAACUCAUGUGCACUAAAAGAAAUGCCAGUGAGAGAGAAGUCAAAAGGGAAAGGAUUUACUGAUGCAGCAGAAUCCUUGAUAAGCCAAAUUAAUAAGAGAUACAACCCAAAUGAUGGCAUGAAGUCUACAAGAAAAUUAAAGGAAUCUCUGAAUGGCAGUGAUUUGUCAAAGAAAUCUGACCUACAACUCAAUAAGGAAAAGGUUCAGAGAAAAAGUUACAGAAAACUGAAGACGACUUUUGUUAAUGUUACUUCCAGAUGUCCGCUGAAUGAUGUAUAUAAUUUCAGCUUGAAUGGCACUGAUGAACCUGUCAUAAAACUUGGCAUCCAAGAAUUUCAAGCUACAGCUAGAGAAGCCAGUAUGGAGAAAUCAGUAAAGUUGCUAGGUGUAAGGAAUCAUGAUGAACAUGACUCUCCUUUCAAAACAAAAAAUAAAAGAGUAAGUUAUAACAUUCAUGAGAAAAUACUCUUUAGUGACACUGAAACAGAAUGUGGGUGUGAUGACAGCAAGACUGACAUUAGCUGGCUAAGAGAACCAAAAUCAAAAAGACUAAUGGAUUACAGUAGAAAUAAAAAUGCGAAGAAAUACAAAAGUAGAAAAUCAAGGUCAUCCUUGGAAAGGGGGCAGCCAAGAUCCAUAAUGGCACGCAAUAAAAACAUUACCAAAAAGGAUGAUGAAAUAGUUGUAGAUCAGAGAACCAGACUUCCACGAAGGGCAACAAAAACAAAAAAAAAUUAUAAAGAUCUCUCAACUUCAGAAUCAGAGAGUGAAAAAGAAUUUUCAUAUAUACUUAAAGAUAAACUGCUGACAAAGGAGGAGACUGUCCAUUCCAGAGCCCAGACCAAGAAACUGCCAAAGGAACCACAGGAAGUUGUCACUACAGAAACGGCAAAAGAAAAACAGAAAAUUUCAUCUGAGCUAAGAGAUGGGAGAGAAGACAGUUUUUGCCUAUCUUCUGCAUCUGUGUCUGGGAGCCCAUCUUCUGUAGAAGUGACAAGAUGUAUAGAGAAAAUAACAGAAAGGGAUCUUACUGAAGAUUAUGACUACAUCACAAAAUCUUUUUCACCUUAUCCAAAAACUGCAUCAUCUGAAUCCUUAAACGGUAACAAUAAAGUUGAAAGUCAGAGAAAAUCGCCCAGAACCAGUGAGACCAGUACACUAUGUGUGAGAAAGAGUAGCUCACCUGUUCCAGGACUGUCUUCUUUGCCCAGAAACACAACUACCAAGAAUAAUUCUGUUUUGAAUAGAAAAAAUACAAAUUCAGUGAUAGACAAUCAAAGAACCCUACAUUAUAACAGCUAUUCAGAUGUAAGCAGUAAUAACUCAGAGAAACAUUUUAUGGAAACUGAAUCUCCAGAGAGUCGUGAAAACCAUAUACAAAGCAAGAGAGAGGAAAGCCUUGCCGCAUCUCCAUUAUCAUGUUCUAGUGAAAGAGUAGAGAAAAUAUGGUGGGAUAUGCCCAGUGACAAUACUCAUGUAUCAGGUCCUAGUCAACGAUGUCGCAGACGGCAAAUGUUCCUAGAAGAUGAUCUAAGUAAUUCCAAUGAAGCAGAAGUGGAAGAGGCAGAAGAGAGAGAACAAUUACUCUCCAAAAGACUGUGUCAAAGGGAAGAUUCAGAUAAUCACAUUUACAAAAUGUCUAAAAUUACAGCUUCAUUAUCAACACCAGAUUUUUCUAUUCCUGAGGACUGGCAACAGGAGUUUCCAGGUGCUGAAAUGUUAUAUGAUAACAUCAGCUCAGACUAUAAGAGGAAAACUGAUACCCAACAUAGAAUCAUGGAUGACUUUACUACAAAGACAUUAAAAUUGACUCAACAACAUCUAAUGACAGUGACCUCUCAAGCUCGAGGACGCAGGAAUGAAAGUUUGGAGAAAUUCAAAGUCAUUCUCAUAAAUGAGAUGGAGAAAGUUGGAAAAGACUCAGAGACUUUACGAGACUUGGAGAAGGAACUUGUGGAUGUCGAGGAAAAAUUAGUUCAGAAGAUGAAGACAUAUCUCCGAAGUGAGAAGGAGAGGCUUCGUGUUUUGAAAACUUCACUGGAUAAUAGUUUUCUUGUCUCUAACUCUGCUUACGAAGAUAAUGUUUUUAUAUCUGAGAUGCGUUUGAUGAAAGCAAACAUGCAAAUUCUGCAAGAUAAGCUACUUAAGAAAAUGCAUGAAGAGGAACUUCUCAACAUACGCAGAGGACUGUGGUCGUUUUUCAAGGUUCAUGAAGAAAAUGAUGUAUGAAAUCUGGCUGCUAUCAACACAUUUUAUCUGAUUAUUAGUUUUUUUAUAUAAGUGGAAAAAAGUAAGUAGCCUUGCAAAUGUGCACCAUCCAAGCAGCUGUAUGUUUAUAGGCAGGAACCUUCAGACUAAAACAUUUUUUAGAGAUGAAAAGAACGUGACUCCAGGGCAACUUUUGUGUACUAUGGACAAACAGUAAUAGGACUGGCUCACUUUGGGUCAUAUUUACAUUACUUUUAUCUGUGAAACGGAAGUGCAUUUUUAAUUAAUACAGUUUGUUAAUAGAUAUAAUGAAAUUUGCAUAAUGGUUUGAAAUAUACAAGUAAUAAAAUAUUAGCCACCCUUUGAAAGGGGGGAGUUUCUGCUUUAAAAUGUGUACUUUUUAGUACAUUUAUACUUUGAGAUAUUUAUGGUUCCAGUGUACUAAAAAUGUACUAAAGACCUAAAAUUGUAGCUAUUUCAUAAACAUUUUAACUCAAGCAGGAUGCUUUGCCAAUGCGUUCUAAACUCCUAGUAUUCAUUUAAUGUUGUUAGAUUAUUUUUGAAAUAAAUGCUCACUUCA